AUGACGAUUCUCGAAUGGAAACCGCGGGAUACAAACACGCAGCGAUGCGGGAUUACCGGCCGUCAAGCCACACAGAAGAAGCAAUGGGGUAUGCAGGCCUGCAUAUACCAGUGA